GGUGAGGAUGAGUCAUGAGCCCCGGCACUUGCUUUCCCCCUUUUCCGGAAAAGCAGCUUCUCAGAGCUAAACAAGGAGCUGGCGCUAAUGAGCUCUUGGCUGCCAAACAAGGAAGGGACAGCCACGAGGCGCCACCAGGAGACACCCCACACUGGGAUAUAAAAGGCAGAGUGCCUGACACCUUACACACACACACACACACACACACACACACACACACACACACACACACACCGCCUCCUCCCAGUCCAGCCCAGCCCAGCCCGCCAUGGCCGCCUCCACCAUGUCCGUCUGCUCCGACGCCUACACCAACGCCUCCUGGCAGGUGGACGACUGCCCAGAGAGCUGCUGCGAGCCCUGCUGCGCCCCUGCCUGCUGCCAGCCCUGUGGCUGUGCCCCCACCCCCGGCCUGACCCUCCUCUGCUCCCCGGCCAGCUGUGUGUGCAGCCCCUGCUGCCAGUCCGUCUGCACCAGCUGCUGCACGCCCUGCUGCUGCCCACAGUCUAGCUGCCAGCCCUGUGGCUGCACCGGCUCACCCUGCCAGCAGGCCUGCUGUGAGCCCAUGUGCUGUAAGCCCGUGUGCUGUAAGCCCGUGUGCUGCACGCCCGUGUGCUGCACACCCGUGUGCUGUGAGCCCAUGUGUUGUAAACCCAUGUGCUGCACGCCGGUGUGCUGCACGCCCGUGUGCUGCACGCCCGUGUGUGGUGGGGCUUCCUCUGGCUGCUGCCCACCGUCUAGCUGCCAGCCCUGUGGCUGCACCUGCUCGCCCUGCCAGCCGUCCUCCAGCGUGUCCCUGCUGUGCAGGCCGGCCUGUGGGGUGCCCGCCUCCUGCGGCUGUGCCCCCUGCUGCCAGCCCAGCUGCUGCCGCCCCGCAGCCUCCUGUGUCUCUCUGCUGUGCCGCCCUGCCUGCUCCCGCCCGGCCUGCUGUGGCCACACAUCCUGCUGCUGA